GGCGUCUCUCCGCCGCCAUGGUAACAUUAGUGCGCGAAGAUCUGUGGCUAAGACGGUCAAAAAGAAUAGAUACAAGGACUUUUUGACUCCUAUGGCAUAUCUUCAGUCAGCAACAUCAGCAGAAGCACCUUCAAUCCAGCAACUGUAAUGUAAUUCUGAGCUCUCAGAUUGGACCCCCCCCCCAGUGCAAAUUCACCUUUACACAUUUUUACAUGAUGAAUUUGGCAGAGGUUUGUGACAAUGCUAAAAAGGGAAGAGAAUAUGCAUUGCUUGGGAACUAUGACUCUUCCAUGGUAUACUACCAGGGAGUUAUACAGCAGAUCCACAAGCAUUGUCAGUCUCUAAGAGAUCCUGCACUGAAGGUCAAGUGGCAGCAGGUAAGGCAGGAGCUGGUGGAGGAGUAUGAACAGGUCAGAAGCAUUGUAAACACUCUGGAGAGUUUUAAGGUGGAUAAGCCAGUUGACCUUCCCAAUCCUCAACCAGAAGAAUGCCCAAGGGACCCUGCUGUCUGGCCACCCCCUGUUCCAGCUGAACACAGAGCACCUGCCCAGGUGAAGAGGCCAAACACUGGUGUGAAACCCCAACGCAAGGACUCACCUGGGAUGCAGCCCCGUGGGCCUGCAGGGAAAGGCCAGCCUAAUGCUAAAUCAGAUAAACCCGGUGCCCGUGAUGCCCGUGCAGCCAAAGCUAAAGAAGACAAAGGCAAGAAGGGGGUCCAAGAGGGGGCAGGGGACGGAGAGUUGAAGAAAUUUGACGGUACAGGUUACGACAGUGACUUGGUUGAAGCCCUGGAGAGAGACAUUGUGUCAAGAAAUCCCAACAUCCACUGGGACGAUAUAGCAGAUCUGGAGGAUGCCAAGAAGCUGCUGCGAGAGGCUGUGGUCUUGCCAAUGUGGAUGCCAGAUUUCUUCAAGGGCAUCCGGCGCCCAUGGAAGGGUGUGUUGAUGGUGGGACCCCCAGGUACAGGCAAGACCAUGCUGGCUAAAGCUGUAGCUACUGAGUGUGGCACCACCUUCUUCAAUGUAUCGUCUUCCACGCUCACCUCAAAGUACCGUGGAGAGUCGGAGAAGCUUGUGCGGCUGCUCUUUGAAAUGGCUCGAUUUUACGCCCCUACUACUAUCUUCAUUGACGAGAUUGACUCUAUUUGUGGGAGACGUGGCACAUCAGACGAACACGAAGCAAGUCGUCGAGUCAAGUCUGAGCUGCUAGUGCAGAUGGAUGGUGUAGGGGGUGCAUUAGAAAAUGAUGACCCCUCUAAAAUGGUGAUGGUCCUGGCUGCAACCAACUUCCCAUGGGAUAUUGAUGAAGCACUGAGGAGAAGGCUGGAAAAGAGGAUUUAUAUUCCUCUUCCCACUGCAAUAGGGCGAGCAGAGCUGCUGAAGAUUAGCCUGAGGGAGGUGGAAGUGGCACCUGAUGUUGACCUGGCUGUCAUCGCUGAGAAGAUUGAGGGGUACUCUGGCGCCGAUAUCACCAACGUCUGCAGAGAUGCGUCCAUGAUGGCGAUGCGACGGCGGAUCCAAGGCCUGAGCCCGGAGGAAAUCCGAGCACUCUCUAAAGACGAGCUGCAGAUGCCUGUCACUAUGGAGGACUUUGAACUCGCUCUCAAGAAGAUCUCCAAGUCAGUCUCUGCUGCUGAUCUGGAGAAAUAUGAGGCCUGGAUGAACGAGUUCGGCUCUGUUUAAUUACAAGAGCUAGAUUAGGCUGACAUGAAGGGAGAGUGGAUCAAUACUUGAAGCUUGAA